CCACCCCGCCACCCGCCCUUUAGUGAAGCUGGGUCUGGCGUGCAGUGCGAGCGCGGGAGGCAGAGGUGCGCGGCCAUGGCCUGCCAGCUGAGCGAGGGGGCCAUUGCGGCUAUAAUGCAGCAGGGGGAGACAUCCAUAAAACCCAUUCUCCAAGUCAUUAACAUCCGCCCCAUUACCACAGGGAAUAGUCCACCCCGUUAUCGACUGCUUAUGAGUGAUGGAAUAAACACUCUAUCCUCUUUCAUGUUAGCAACACAGAUGAACUCUCUUGUUGAGACCGAACAAUUGGCCAGCAACUGUAUUUGCCAGAUUCACCGAUUUAUUGUUAACACUCUGAAAGACGGAAGGAGAGUAGUUAUUUUGAUGGAGUUGAAAGUUUUGAAAUCAGCUGAAACAGUUGGAGUAAAGAUUGGCAAUCCAGUGCCCUACAAUGAAGGACAGGGGCAGCCGCAAGCACUUCCUUCUCCAGUCACAGCAGCCAGUCCAUCGACCGUCAGGCCCCAGCAACAGAAUGGGAGCUCGGGAGUGGGUUCCUCUGUACCCAAGGCUUAUGGUGCCUCAAAGACAUUUGGAAAACCUGGAGGGCCAGGCCUGUUGCACCCUUCUGGGGGAACACAGUCCAAAGUGGUGCCCAUCGUCAGCCUCACGCCGUACCAGUCCAAGUGGACUAUUUGUGCUCGAGUUACCAACAAAAGUCAGAUCCGUACCUGGAGCAAUUCUCGAGGGGAAGGGAAGCUUUUCUCUCUAGAACUCGUGGAUGAAAGUGGCGAAAUCAGAGCUACUGCUUUCAAUGAUCAAGUGGACAAGUUCUUCCCCCUCAUUGAAGUGAACAAGGUAUAUUAUUUCACAAAAGGCACCCUGAAGGUUGCUAACAAACAGUUCUCUGCUGUUAAAAACGACUAUGAGAUGACCUUCAAUAGUGAGACUUCUGUGGUGCCCUGUGAAGAUGAUCAUCAUUUACCUACAGUUCAGUUUGAUUUCGUAGGAAUUGGUGAUCUGGAGAACAAGUCUAAAGACUCACUUGUAGACAUAAUUGGGAUCUGCAAGAACUAUGAAGAUGCCACUAAAAUCAUAGUGAAGUCUAACAACAGAGAAGUCGCUAAGAGAAAUAUCUAUUUGAUGGACACGUCAGGGAAAGUGGUGACUGCUACUCUGUGGGGAGAAGAUGCUGACAAAUUUGAUGGUUCUAGACAGCCUGUGAUGGCCAUAAAAGGAGCCAGAGUUUCUGAUUUUGGUGGACGGAGCCUCUCUGUGCUGUCUUCAAGCACUAUCAUCAUGAAUCCUGACAUCCCAGAGGCCUAUAAGCUCCGCGGAUGGUUUGACGCAGAAGGACAAGCCUUAGAUGGUGUUUCCAUCUCCGAUUUAAAGAGCGGGGGGCUAGGAGCGAGCAACACCAACUGGAAAACUUUAUACGAGGUGAAGUCAGAGAACCUGGGCCAAGGCGACAAGGCGGACUAUUUCAGCUCUGUGGCAACAGUGGUGUAUCUUCGCAAAGAGAACUGUAUGUACCAGGCCUGCCCAACUCAGGAUUGCAAUAAAAAAGUGAUUGACCAGCAGAAUGGAUUAUACCGCUGCGAAAAGUGUGACCGUGAAUUUCCCAAUUUCAAAUACCGCAUGAUCUUGUCUGCAAAUAUCGCAGAUUUUCAAGAGAAUCAGUGGGUGACUUGUUUCCAGGAAUCUGCUGAAGCUAUCCUUGGACAAAACACUGCUUAUCUUGGAGAAUUGAAAGAGAAGAACGAGCAGGCAUUUGAAGAAGUUUUCCAGAAUGCCAACUUUCGAUCCUUCACAUUCAAAAUCAGGGUCAAACUGGAGACCUACAAUGAUGAGUCUCGAAUUAAGGCCACUGUGAUGGACGUGAAGCCUGUGGACUACAGAGACUACGGCAGAAGGCUGAUCAUGAACAUCAGGAGAAACGCAGGGAUGUGAGGACUGCAGCGCUGACUAGGCAGACGUUUGAAAGCAGAGCUGAAAUGGAGCUGAUUUCUUCCCACCCCAUGCUACAGUCCCACCUCUGCCACCAUUACAGAGCCUCUGGGUGGACCUCAGUUUCCCCUCUGUGAGCGCCUUGGGCCGGUCGGUAGGGAGAGGAUGGUGCUCAGAGAGUGGUGAUGUAAGCCAUCAGCCCUGGGAGUCCACAGCAGGUAGCAGAGCCCCAGUCCCUCCCUCUGACUUCAGGCUUCUGUCAAUUUUAGUAAGAUUUCAUUAUCUUCAAGCAGGAAUUAUGUCACAAGUAAUUGACCCUAACUCUUCAAACAGUGAAAAAAUUAUGUCGCCAAAGCUUUGCUUCUCCAGUGGUGACACCUUUACAACUGGACUCCUCCUGGGGGCGCUGGGAAGUGGUGGUGGGGACCCAUACCGAGGAAGGGUGUCUUCCUAGAAUUCAAAGGCGCUCUCUUUCUAGAGGUGCCGCGUAGUUGUUAAUGCUUGGAAUGGCAAUAGGGUAGAAUUAUUAAUCAAAGGCAUAUCUUUAUAUCUGAAGACUAUCCUUCCUUCAGGGUUUAAUAGAUUUAAUAGACUGAGUCAGAUAGGUCUGAUAUUAAUCAAAAUUGUCUCUUCUGAGGAUGGCUGAUAAGCAUUGACUUGCUGUCCCCUGGAGACAUGCAGGCAACUACAAAGCAUUGCUCGAGUUUUCACUUCAGUUAAUGUUGCAUUUUGUUUGGCGAAUGUACAUUUUUCCUACCUGUACAUACUUCUUGCGUUUAUGUUUUACUUCUUGAUUAAAGGUAUGUUAAAAUAGGAUUUUGAAGGAGUGAACCCUUUGUUUUUGUGCUUUGUCUUAAUAAACAGUAUAGUCUUUGCUCGUGAAUCCCACUUUCUCCGUGCAAAGGGUUCUCGUAACUGGAAAGCAAUUAAUUAGCCUUCAUAAUAAAUGUUCACUUGGGAGAGACGUUAACUCAUUACAGACUCAGAUUAGUCCAAGGCCUGAAGAUCACGCUUCCUAAUGUUUGCAACCUUGAAAUGCAUCUCUAAAAGAAUGAAAACACAAAAGAAAAAGCCAUUGUGCCUAAGAAUGUUGAUGAUCUGGCACUUUGGGAUUUUAUUGAUGUUUACACAGCAGUCUAACAGCAGCCAGGCUUUGAAAUGUAUACAGACAGUGAGCGAGUAAGAAAACAGUAAUUAUGCUACUGGGCUUUUCAGUCAGCACGAGCAUGCUUACUCUGUGUGUUCCUAAUCAUAUUAAUUAUCUAUCCGGUUGCUGCAACCCCUGCUUGGCAUGUGCUGCACAUCUCUGGAGGUAGCCAGGCAGUGUUGCAGUCCCCCCUGCAGCUACAGGCCCUGGUUUUUAAUUCGUGCAAGUGCACCAUACUGGGGCUCUGUGAAACAAGAGCGAUGGUGCCUGGUCUGUUUGGUCCUUGGCUGUCUGCCUUGCAGAGGGGCGGGGGAACCAGCCAGCCCUAGACAGGGUGGCUCCCAUGGUCGAGAAGAGACAGGAGUCCCUCUGUGGACCACUGAUGGUCGAGACGCCUCCCUCCUUACCCUUCCCUAAGCCUCGAGAUGGGAAUUGGGUUGCACUUGAUUCUCUGGCUAGACCACAAUUUUUAUGGAAGCUCUUUCCUAUCUGACCUUAUAAAGCAUUGACUAGAAAAUUAUAGUCUUCAACAGUGUUUUGGAUUGACAAAUUGUGGGUUGGAAAUGGUAAUCUAGCUUUCAGUCUGGUAACUGGUCUUUUAUAUCUGCUGCUCCCUGCAUUCCCGCCUCUCCCCGGUGUGCCUGUGUCUGCCCAGUGAGGACUGACCAGCAGCUACAGCCGGGCACGUCCAGAGAACGCUAGGCCAGACCCACGCAUUCACAGCAGUAGCGUGACAGAACCAGCACAUCUACAUGGGUGUGAUCAGAACUCCGGGGGGAGUGGGAGGGAGGAGGGGGCUCCCUGAGGGAGGAUGUUUAACAGAUUUCCCUACUAAAAAAUCGCAUCACCAGCGGAGCUGCCUCAGAAAUUGGCUGCACUGUUAUGCUUUUAAGAGAUUUAGGUCCCAGAGGGUUGCCUAAGUAGAUUCUGGCGCACAGUUUGUAGAAUUCUCCUGGAUACAGUUUACCUCGAAAGGCUGUUCAUGUUCUAUUUCUUAUCUUUCACUAAGAGAUCAAUGUUUAUUUUAUGUACACCAUGACACCAGCGUUAAGCAAUUAGGGAAAAAACAAUCUAAUCAUUUGCCUUAUUUUAAAUGGUUCUUGAAUUCCCUCCCGUCUCACUGUGAAAGAGGCAGGGGGGAAAAAAAGGUAAUAAUCUGAUUUCUGUCCAUAUUUUCAGUGUUUUAUGCUUUCCAUUAAAGCCUUGCUAAUCUCUA